AUGGCAAAGGCAACGAUACCACUGAUACCACUCCCUCAGGAUGUAGUGUUAUACCCUGGCACUGCAAUCAGGAUAUCAGCCAAUAGACCCGAUAUACCAGUCAUCCUUUCUACUGCGCUCAGCCGUGGCGCCCGAUCACGAUCCGCUAUCGUCAACUUGCCGAUAGGAUGUGUACCUAUGCGAUCGACCUAUCUAAGUCCAGAUGGGAAAGAGCUCUUGGAUAGCAAAGAAAAAGAGAGCGCCUCUGAGACCAGUAGGGAGGAGGCUGAUCCAGGCAAGGCAAGAAAAGACGAAUUGUUCAGGUUCGGAACAUUGGCCAAGAUUGUCGGUGUUCAAGGACAGAACGAGCCUUUCAUCCAAGUUGAAGGUGUACAGCGCUUUCGAAUAGACAAAGUCACCCACGAACGGCCAUAUUUCGAGGCUGAAGUCACUUUCUACGAAGAUGAGGUAUCUGACCUCAAGGAUACUGAGCUGCGCAAGAGUUUCUCGCUCCUCAAGCAACGGUCGCGGGAACUCCUUACCGUCCUGCGACUUGCUUCCUUCUUCAGACCUGGCGCCACCACAUUCUCGCCACUUCUGAUGCGACGUUUCGAACUGUUCAUCGCAAAGAAAGAUGUAGGCCAAGCAGGUCAACUUGCCGACUUCAUCACAGACCUGCUAGAUGCAAGCUUCGAAGACAAGUUGCGCAUCUUGGCUAUUCUUAACGUCAAAGAGAGGAUAGAGAAAGUUCUUGAGCUACUGAACAAACAGGUUCAAGGUAUUAACGGCAAUAUCAAGACAAUUUCCAUUACCUCAACCACAAUCCCAACCAAUGGCAUGAUAGACAUCACCAACCUGACCGAUCAGCAGAAGGCCGCCCUAUCUAGAAGACAGGGUGGAAACGUGUCCGGCCUUCCUGGUAUGCCGAGCAUGGGAGGUGAUGACGAUAAUGCUGAGGAGAAUGAGUUGGACGAACUCAAGAAGAAGCUCGACGAUGCUGGCUUAUCUCCAGAAGCACAGAAGAUUGCCACUCGCGAGCUGAGGAGACUGAAGAAAAUGCACCCAUCCAUGGCAGAGUAUGGCGUUUGCAGAACAUACCUUGAGAAUCUUGCUGAGAUACCCUGGACUAAGACAACCGACGAUCAGCUUGGACAAGACACUAUCAAGAGAGCACGAAAGCAGCUCGACGAUGACCAUUACGGUCUAGAGAAGGUUAAGAAGAGGCUAAUCGAGUAUCUGGCCGUAUUGCGCAUGAAGCAAGUACGCAACGCUCCGCUUGACAAGCAGAUCGAGACACUUACUAAGCAGCUGGCAAUGCCGACAGAGAAGCUCGACAAGAAGGAAGACGAAAAGAACGACCAGGAAGCCACCGAGGGCCAAGAAGAGCAAGUUGAGCCAAUACCGUCAGAAGAGCGAGAUUCUGCUGAGGCGAAGCUGCACGUGCUCAAGUCGAAAAAGAUGGUCGACAAAGCACCUAUUCUAUUGCUCGUCGGCCCUCCUGGUGUUGGAAAGACCUCUCUUGCACGUUCAGUCGCCAUGGCCCUCGGUCGCAAAUUUCAUCGUAUCUCCCUGGGAGGUGUCAGAGACGAGGCUGAGAUUCGUGGUCAUAGGAGGACCUACGUCGCGGCUAUGCCAGGUCUGAUCGUUAGUGGACUCAAGAAGGUUGGUGUGGCAAACCCAGUCAUCCUUCUCGACGAAAUAGACAAAGUCGGCACCUCAAAUUUCCACGGUGACCCGUCAGCCGCUAUGCUCGAAGUUCUGGAUCCAGAGCAGAACUACACCUUCAACGACCACUACGUUAACAUCCCUAUCGAUCUCAGUAAAGUAUUGUUCAUUGCUACGGCUAAUACUUUGGAAACUAUCCCACCACCUCUAUUGGAUAGAAUGGAGACGAUACAGUUACCAGGAUACACGACAAUCGAGAAGCGUCAUAUCGCAAAGCAGCAUCUCAUUCCCAAGCAGAUUCGCACAAAUGGGCUUGAGCUGGACAAGUUGGCGAUGCCUGACGAUGUCGUCGAUGCAGUGAUCACAUCCUAUACUCGAGAAUCAGGAGUUCGUAAUCUCGAGCGCGAGCUAGGCAGCAUUUGCCGUUACAAGGCCGUACAAUAUGCGGAGUCUCAAGACGACACCUCCGAACAGACAGUAACAUACAACCCUCUCGUCAAGACCGAUGAGCUAGAAGACAUACUCGGCAUUGAGAAGUUUGAAGAGGAGAUAGCCGACACACAAUCCCGACCAGGUGUCGUCACAGGACUUGUGGCCUACUCCUCACUGGGACAAGGCAGCAUCCUCUUCAUUGAGGUAGCUGAUAUGCCUGGUGACGGACGCGUCCAGCUCACAGGCAAGCUAGGCGAUGUCCUCAAAGAAAGUGUCGAAGUGGCACUUUCCUGGGUCAAGGCUCAUGCCUACGAGCUCGGCCUCACCAACCAACCCGACGAAAACAUCAUGAAGAAGCGCGCCAUUCACGUCCACUGCCCCUCUGGCGCAAUACCAAAAGACGGUCCGUCCGCCGGCCUAGCCCACACCAUCGCACUCAUCUCCCUCUUCUCAGGCAAAGCUGUCCCACCGCAGAUCGCCAUGACCGGUGAAGUCAGUCUGAGAGGACGAGUAAUGCCCGUCGGAGGCAUCAAGGAGAAAUUGAUCGGCGCACAUCGCGCGGGUGUGCGAACCGUGUUGGUACCGCACCACAACCGCAAGGAUGUCAAGGAUGUGCCGACUGAGGUGCUGCAGGGUGAGAACAGGCUUGAGGUGGUAUAUGUCAAGCAUAUCUAUGAUGCGCUGAGGACUAUUUGGCCUGAGAGCGCGUGGGCGCAGGAGCACAAUGGGUAUAUGGAGAGUAGAUUGUAA